AUCGAAUUGGAAAGUUUUGAGUUGCAAAUGGAGUUAAACGCGUGUCUCCUAUUAACGCCGGGUGCGGCCAUUCCGUCAAGACGGGUAGCGACUCUAAAGAAAACUUGCCGUCGGCAAUUGCUAAUGCAGCAGCAAAACGCCGAUAUCAGUCAGCUAUACGAAGUUGACCUUGAGCAACAGCUGGAAAUGGUUCAUAUGAGUUUCUUGCGGAAUAUCGAGACAAUACGGACUUGGAAAGAUGCCCUGGAAAAUCCGUCGUCGCUUACAGGUCGGGAGUCACCCAUGUUAAACUUUUUCUCUGAUGCUGCUUCUCGUCAGACUUUCUACCAGACCCUGCAAUCAAUCCUUUGCUGUACAUAUUCUCUGGAACAAAAUCAUCGCGAAGCUUUAACACAGCAUUUCAAGAGUACCCAAUACGGUUCUAAGGACAUGCCUAUCGGCGAUGAUAACUAUUUAUUACUUCGGUCUAGAAUUCGCGACUUUUCGAUUUUAAAUAAAUCUUGA